CUGAUAGGUGGCACUGAUUGACAUUGAUAGGUGGCACAGACUGGCACUGAUGGGUGACAUUGAAAGGCAGCUCAGAUGGGCACUGAUAUGUGACAUUGAUGUGGCACUGAUGGGCACUGGCACAUGGCAAUGAUGAGCACUGACAAGUGGCACUUCUGGGGCCACACUGAUCAUCAGGGCACACUGAUCAUCACUGUCAGCGUGACAGCUCGAGACGAGAGAAAUGCCGAUAACCGGCAUUUCCGUGUUUACAUGUGAUCAUCUGUGAUUGGACACAGCUGAU